CGCCUCAAUGGCUAUCUGUCGCCCUAUCUUGGGAAUCUGACGGAGCUGAGGCUGGCGUAUCUUCAUGUGAAUGAGUUCUCUGGAGAGAUUCCCCGAGAGAUGGCGAGGCUGCAGAAGCUGCAGAGGCUGGUGCUUCGUGACAACCAGCUGACGGGUCCUCUGCCGGCCGAGCUGGGCUCCAUGCUCGCGCUGAAAGAUCUCAACGUCGAGGUGAACAAGUUUGAAGGAGCGAUACCGCUGGAA